AAAAAUAUGGAGGAGGAAUUACACCGUGAUCUUGAGGAAAUAAUGGCUGAUUUGGAGGAGAUGCAGAGUGAGGAAGCGGUCAAAACACCACCUAAAAAACAAAAAAGAAAAAAGAUUGAUCAUAAACUUAGGUGGAAAAAAAGAGACCAAGAAGGAUUCUUGGUCUAUGAGAAGCGCAAACCAAAGAAAGACCGAUCUGGAAAACCAGUUGCCUCAACCAUUGUCUCUUCAAGUAACCCUCAAGAAGUUGAGCUCGAAACUGCAAGCACAUCUGAAGCCUCAACUUCCAAACAACAUUUUGGAGAUGUAGAUGCACAACAGAUUAUUGAUUUACAACUACAGCAACUCCAAAAUGCAAUGGAGUGUGAUGAACCCAGAUCAGCAGCAUCUCAUGAUUGGUCAUUGAGGCAAACCUUGUCUGAAGAACGCUGGGAGGAAGCAAGGCCAAAACUCCUUGAUAGUUUGCUUGCUUCAGACUGUGUGCAUUAUGGUCCUUGUGAUCACUGCAGCUUGAAACAAGCAGUCAUCAGGUGCAAGGACUGUUUCCCGAAACCCCGUUACUGUGGCCAGUGUGACGUUUCUAUGCAUCAACAUCUUGUUUUUCACAACCGAGAGACUCUUAUAGAUGGAUUCUAUAAAUCUCUCCCACCAUCAACUGCUGUGCAAGACCUAAGUGGCCAAAAUGUCAUAUAUGAACAAGUGUGUCUGCUGCCCAUUACACAACCAGACAAAAUUUGUGAUUGUGACCCUCAAAACCUGGCUGUUGUAGCUGGACGAUCUGUUGUGCUCAUCUGUAUAAAUGGUCGCUAUGACAUCUUCCUGCCAGUGAUGAAUUGCAGAGCUUGUCUUGCAUCAUGGACACCUGAGGUGGUUGACCUGUUGUUUAGUGGUUACUGGCCAGGCACUGUCGAGUUUCAAACCAUAUACAAGGUAGACCUCUUCACAUCGUUUGAGGACCUGAAGAUCACUGCACCUGGACUUUCAAGACAAGCAUUUGUGAAAAUGUUACAACAGCGCUCACAACAAUUUGGAAGGAGUGGUAACAUUUGUGGCAACGUCUUCCAAAAAGCUUUCCUUGAAUGGACAUAUUGUCGUCAUAAAAGAGAAAAACUCUGCGGCAUUGAUCACUUCUCUUGCCCAGCUUGCACCCCAGAUACAGUUGCUGUGUCUGCAGACGGAAACAGAAAACUAUACAGAUUCAGCAAAACAAAGGGGGCAGAGGAACAACCAUUUUUUGAUGGAGUUUUUCUUGCUAAUGACAAAGAUGUAGCAACAUUUGUUGAUUGUGUUCGUGAGAAGACCAUUCCAGUACAUGGAAAAGGCAUCUGUGGAACAUCAACAUGGGCUGCAGCCAGGGAGACCUCUAAAAAGACAAACACUAAAUGUGAUGAAGAGUGCCUAGAGGAUGCAGUUUGCAGGCACAGCAUAUUGCUUAAAGGGCUGAACAUGUUUAGGGGCGAGAUAUUUGCAUACCCUCUGUUUCUGCAGAAGGAACUGGCCACAAAAACAAACUGCAAGUUCUUCUGCACUGACAUCAUGUGUCGAUAUUGGCCCUAUCUGCAAAAGGUGGCUCAAGCAUUCCCAGAAAUGCAAAACCUUACUCAGAUGAAGCCAUUUCUCUCAGUUAUGCAUGCAAAGGGGCACUCUACAAAAUGUGAGGUAAAUGUAUAUUCUCGAACAAUAUGGUAA